AUUUACGUCGAGCACGUGCAUAAAUGACGCACUGACCGCUUCCAGUGACAUAAUCCAAGAUGUCGGCCUCCAUCGGAACACUGCUGAGGACUUCUGCUAGGGUUGCAGUAGGAGGGCUGAAAGUCGCAGCAGCAAGUCAGCAUGGAGCCUGUGGAGCUGCAAGAGUCCUGGCUGCUCCUGCACUGCAGAGAUCCUGCUUCUCCACCACCAUGUCCAGAUGGGCCCCUGCUGUCACUCAGCCUGCUCCUGCUUUCAAGGCCACAGCUGUCCACAAUGGGGAGUUUAAGGAGAUGAGUCUCGCUGACUUUAAGGGCAAAUACCUGGUUCUUUUCUUCUACCCUCUAGAUUUCACAUUCGUGUGCCCAACAGAGAUCAUCUCGUUCAGCGACAAGGCCAACGAGUUCCAUGACGUCAACUGUGACGUGGUGGGAGUGUCUGUGGACUCUCACUUCACCCACCUGGCAUGGAUCAAUACUCCACGAAAGGCUGGAGGUUUGGGCAACAUCCACAUCCCCCUACUGUCAGACCUCAACAAGCAGAUCUCUAGGGACUAUGGGGUGUUGCUGGAGGGUCCAGGCAUCGCACUGAGGGGCCUGUUCAUCAUUGAUCCAAGUGGCACCGUGAAGCACAUGAGUGUGAACGACCUGCCGGUGGGCCGCUGUGUGGAAGAAACCCUUCGUCUGGUGAAGGCCUUCCAGUUUGUGGAGACUCACGGCGAAGUUUGUCCGGCCAGCUGGACCCCUGAGUCCCCAACGAUCAAACCAACCCCAGAGGGAUCGAAGGAGUACUUUGAAAAAGUCAACUGAAGAUUUCAUCAGCUGCAACAGUAAAUGAUGCAAACCUAAAAAUAGCUCUUCUAGUUUAUCAUUUAUAAGAUUUACUCAAACACAGCUGAACAUACCAAUAAAUCUAUUCUUUAUAAGUGA